AUGGCGACGAAGAAGCAGAACGAUGGUAACACCAAGAAGGCGGGCUUUACUCACUGGUGCCCCCCAGUCCCCAACCUUCGUUCUCACCGUCGAAGAAGCCGUACGCUCGCCGUCGUUCUCACCCACAAGCAGCCGACUCGCUUUCGCCCUUCCCUAAACUCCCCUUUUCUAGCAAAACACUAUGCCGAGCUAGAACUUGCCACUGGUGGAUUCUCUGAGGCCAACUUCCUGGCUGAGGGGGGAUUUGGAUCCGUUCACAGAGGGGUUCUACCGGAUGGACAAGUCGUUGCUGUCAAGCAACAUAAAUUGGCUAGUUCUCAGGGUGACCUUGAGUUUUGGUCAGAGGUAGAAGUCCUGAGUUGUGCUCAGCACCGAAAUGUUGUUAUGCUGAUUGGAUUCUGUAUAGAGGAUAAGAGAAGGCUACUAGUUUACGAGUACAUAUGCCAUGGAUCAUUGGAUUCACAGUUAUAUGGUGAUUUCUCUUGA